AAGAAUCCUCGUGGGGCCCACACGAAAGCUUUGUCUUGUAUAAACGACAGUAGAAGUGAGUGAGCUAGCAAGGAUUUUAUACUUCUCCUAGCAGAAUAAUUUCUUCUUCGAAUAUACAUCUUGUUUUGUGGAAACUUGAACAAAAUGGACGGUAAGAAUGAACAAAUUCGCGAAUACGCAGGAAAAUCUGUGUGUUGCAAUUUAGUGCUAGCCUUUGAACGAUAAAUAUAUACGUUCUAUAGUCUAUACUAUAUGGUAUAGACGUAUAGUAUAUUGAACUAUAUAUGACUAUAUGAUCAUAAGAGCGAAUUAUUAACCGCUUAAAAUUGUCGGAACUGUUUGUUAAACAUUUUAACUGUAAGGCUGGAUUUUUUCCUCAAUUUUAGUGAUUUUUAUUUGUGAAUAAGCGUUAGCAAAUCAGGAAAUAUGGCAUGGCUGAUUUAGGCGCGCCUCUGUUUACAGCUCGUUUACUAUGUUGUAUACGAGUCUAUAUAACGCUAUAGGGACAGCUCUAGCCUACUAACAAUCAUAAGACACCAAGCUCAGAUAUAAAUUCGCUUCGCCUUCUUGUAAAAUGUGAUCGAAACACGGCUCAAAAGUGAUUAAGGACAACUUGAAUUUGAAUUCUUGCUCAAUUUUAAACAUGUCUCCCUGUUUCGUUUGUAUUUUGUAAAGUGAGCAAGAAGCGGUCCGGGGAGAGCGUCAAGUCGGGAUCACCAAAGAAACAGAGAACUACCAAGAAACCGGCUCCGAGUGCGAAAGGAAAAAAGGAUCCGAGUAAACCGAAACGACCCAAGACAGCAUAUCUUCAUUUCAUGGAUGACUUUCGCGCUCAGCGCAAGAACGACGUGAAAAAUGGCGAGGAGAAAUCAACAAAGAUUGGUGAUGUCGCGAAGGACGGUGGAGCUGCAUGGGCGAAACUGAGUGAUAAAGAAAAGCAACCGUACGUGGAUAAAUACCAGAAAGAAAAAGUUGGAUACGACGAAAAGGUAAGAUCAUUCCUUUGAUUCUGAAGUCUUGAUUUUCGCAAAGAAGAACACUCCUAUGAAGCCUUCUUCUCCGAUCCUUCUUCUUCGAAGGUUGUCUUGCACAGGAAGUGGAUGACUAAUCACGUGACGCGUUUGCGUGUUUUCUGUGGCCCUAUAAAUAAUUAUAUAUAUCCCAAACCCGAAGGGAACAAAUUGGAUUUGUCAGCAUCAUCGUAGUGUGUUUGUUUGAUGUAAAGAUGAAUAGAGUAGAAAAUAAUAAAUAAAAAAAUAAUAAAUAGAUAUUAUAUCAUGGUUUGAUUAUCGUAUAUGGAUUAUGUGCAGUGCUAGCUCUAUAAACUAUGCAUUCAUUAUUUCAAGAGUUUAAUAGUAAAUAUAUGGAAGACAUGAAAAAUGGGCAUGUCAGUUGCGAGAUAUAAACUUUGCACACUGGGUAGUUUUUUCCGAUCAUCAAUAAAAGGAUCUGAUUAGGCCAAGUAAAAAAAAUAACUUGGUUAGCAUCCCCGCCCGAGCAGUGAAAAAGCUCCAGACCCAACUUUUUUAUUUUAUAUAAAUACCGUAGAAAACUUUUAUUCUGAAAGAAUUUGUCUACUUUUAUAUAAACCAACCAGCCAGGCCUUGAAAUAAGUGCCGGUCACUGGUUGUUGUCUGGUAAAUUUUUUCAUUUUAACAGACAAAUACUGUCUCUUACGCAUGAUCAGAGACUUUUUCUAAUGUAAAAAUGCAUUCCCGAGCAAAUUUUUGUUUCCCACAAUUUCUUGUAUCAAUUGUGCGGUGACCAGUGACCACAUUUUUUAAAGGAUAAUAAGUAACAGUUUGUAAUUUCUAAUUUUAUUCAGAGCAUUAUAAUCAUACCUGCACAAGUUCACUUAAAAUAGGUGCAAAUAAGAAAAUCAAAAGAUGACUGGCAAAACAUCCAUCUUUAGGGGUGCACCGGAUUUGGAAUUUUCAAAUCCGGCCGGAACCGGAUUUACCGGAUUUGGACAAAAAUUCCAGCCGGAAUUCCGGCCGGAUUUGCCGGAUUUAAAAUAAACCGGUAAUGGGGAUAAUUGUGGAUAAAUCAGUAUUCAAAAUGGCGAUUUAUGUUUUUUACUAUUUUUAGUUAGUGUCAGUUUAGAUUUUUGAUUGUGUUUAAACCUUUUUUAAAUAUUUGUUAAUAACUUAAUAUUUUAUAAUAAUAUAAGUGUUUUUUUAAACUCUAAAGCUGCCAAAUUGAUGGUUUAUCCCAUUCUUGGUGAAUUUUUAAAGGGAAAACAGAAAUUUAUCCGGCCGGAUUUGGAGAAAAUCCGGCCGGAUUUGAAAUCCGGUGCACCCCUAUCCAUCUUGACUGGCAAAUUUAAUAAUGCACCAGUCAUGAUGACCGGUGUACCUCCCAGAUUUAUUUUGAGGCCUGACCCCAGCGCUAGCCAACUGUUGAUUGCUAGAAAUCCUCAAUAUUAUCAGUUAAUUAUGCUUAUAUUUUAUAUCCCUGGGAACAAGGCUGAUUUUAUAUAGGUGCAAAUAAAAAAUUAUUUAAAAAAAAACCUUCCCCCUACACUAAAAUAUGCCACAGGUGUCAGAUAUUGGGAUUCAAGGUAACUGUGUUACCUGCAAGUGACUGGAGCUAACUGCAGUGACUGGAGCUAACUGCAAACCUGGUCAGAAGGUCUUGUGUAUGCUAGCAUAGCUGAAAAUUUCAAUUUUUCCCAGUAUUCUUUUGUAAUAUUUACCAUUUUUUUACCAAUAUUUAAUAAGUACUCUUAUCUAUACCAUUCUAUUUUCUAAUUUUUUGUGGUUUCGUUAUUUCCCUGUGGUCAAAAAUUUUAUUUAUCAAAUGCCAAAACAGACCUUUCCAUGCCCAAUUUUUCAAAAAAAUUCCCCUGGUGGCCGUCCCCCAUCACAACUCGCAAACUAUGCAGUCCCAAACCUGCUCUAGCUGCUUGCUUCACUCACAGGGCCAGGGGUGGACAAAAAAUGCCAUACAACAUUUGUUACAUCAUUCUAUAGUCUAUACAUUUACACAAUAUAUUGCACUAGUAAGAUGGAUGCACUUAUAAUUGCAUUUCUGAGGUCAUACCUACAGUACAGGUAACAUUCAUUCUAUUGGUUAGAAUUUUUCCUCUGGAUUUCUCCUUUUAGGGGCCACGUUCAUAUAUUCAUGUUGCCACAAAUAACGUACAUGUUGAAUCGAUGUUAUUACUUCAACCUACCCCAGAUAACGUUGAUCUAUAUUCAGUCGUAUUUUGACUUUCGUAUUUACAAUACAAAAGCUGUACUGUGAUAGUUACUUUGGACAUUAAAUAAUGGUAAUUGAAUUUAGUGGAAUGCAAUUUGGACUGAAAUCAAAUAUUUGCGUGAUUACAAAUUUAAAAUCUUAAAUUUUUUUGUAAACCGGAAACGUUUUUGUUGGCAAAAGACACACCUCCGAUCCCUCCCUGAGUGCUGUAGCAUAGCAACAAUAAGCGAACAAGAUGAACUUAGUUUUGUUUAUUAUACGUUCAAAAUACUGCAAAAAUGUUACAGAAAUGAAGACAUAAAUUUAUAAAGAAUAAGAGACAAUACAAGUAAGUUUAAACAUAUUGUAGGUAUUACGAGUUUUGGUGCAGUUUUGUGCAUUUAAAAUUGGAAAUACGACAGGUGAAUUUACCUUUGUUUUCCCUGACAAUUUAAAUUUGCUUUUGUUGGCAUUUUUGCCUCUUACCAUAGAAUAAGCUGUUACUAUUUGUGAAAUUUUGAAACUCUUUGCAAUUCUUUGAUAGUUUACUGUAGCUAUCCAUAUUUUUUGUUUUUAUGUGCAAAAAAUUGCAUAGGCACUCAAGAGUAUUAUUAAUCAUGACAUAUGUAAUUUUUUUGUUUUUGCUCAUUUGCCAUAUAACAUUUUUCUUAAAAUUGAAUGGCUGUUUGAAUCCUAUGAUUAAAUAUGAUUGGUUGGCUGAAGUCAGCAAUCUAAUGUGAUUGGUUGAAAGAAGAUACGAUUUCAGCACAAAUUGCACUGCUAGGAUUGCAAUUCGUAUAGGAAAUUAAACAGUUCGAGAAGUAUUAAUUAAUGAAAAAUCACAUACGUGUUUGGCAAAAUAUUUAUAAUACCGCGAGUGCGUAGCACGAGCGGCAUUAUAAAUAUUUCGCCAAACACAAGUGAUCAUUUUCAUUAAUACUUCGAGAACAAGUGUAAUUUCCUAUUAAUAUCAUUUUACAGUCAAUUUUAGACGAGUAAUCAAUGAUGAGAAACAUUGUAUUUGUAUUCAAGCGAGCACAGCCAUAAUAAUACUAUAUGCCCCUCUGCAUGUGGUCAAUUUUGAGAGCAUUUUCUGACAUUAAUUUUCAAUUCAUACCUGUAAAAACUGUGAAUAAUCUUUAUUUCUUCUUUUUUCUUCAUUAUGAAAGCAUAAAUAAGAGCUCAUUGUAAAAUAAGAGCUCAGAAAAUGUACAUAAUUUUUUCAAGUUGUUUAUUGUGAAUUGACAUUUUGUGUUUAAUGCACGUAUGAACCACACAGGCUUGUAUCCAUGCCAAUUAAUCUUUAAUCGGCACACCUGUGUGAUUAAUGUUUAAUCGGCACGGUUUUUAACCAAUCAGAAUUGAGUAAAUUGACUAAAAUGAUAUUAGUGCUGAAAUCACACUCCUGUGAACCAACCAGAUUGCAGGAAAUACCAUUCAUUUCAAAAUGAAUAUUUCACAAAUAUAAAACAUUUUCCAUGUUGAUGUAAAGUUGUAUCAACACGAGUGGGAUUUGGGAAAAUGAGAAAUUGUAUGGAAACACAACGCCCAAAGUGUUUUCAAGCAAUUUCGAGUUUUCCCAAUUUCCACGAGCGUUGAUAUAACUGUAUAUCAAUACGGAAAAAUGUUUUAUAUUUUUUUUACAAUAUAGCACAAAGAAAUAUAAAGAAAGAAAUUUUCCGUGUUGACAUUGAGUUAUAUCAACAUGGCUCUUAGCCAAUCAGCGUUCAGAAUUUACAAAUGCUAUAUUAUAAAAUAAAUUGUCAAAUUGCCAUGUGAGAUAUAAACAUCCCAUAAAAACCCACCCACUCGUAAUGUCCAUUCGAUGUUAUUUGACAAUUUGUGGCAACAUGAAUAUGGACGUGGCCCCUUAUCUAUUUCAAUUUUUACAACUCUUUUUUUUCUUGGGGAAAUAUUUUCUGGGAACUCAAAAAAAUUUCUGGGACCAAUGGUUCCAUGGUCCCCGCGCAGUGCUAAUCUAUGGGGCUUCGUUACCGUAGUCGUCAGAGGAAGCGCCUUUCAUCUCUGAGUACAUGGGUUCAGUGUCCCAUGGAGCGUUUUUCAAAUUUAUGUAUCCUUGCUUCUCAUGAUUGUCAUGAUGACUCAUGAUUGCCUUUUUGGGAGGGGAGGUUAGGGUAAUAUUUUGACAGCUUAGUAACAACGCUAUAAACUUUGCUAAUUUGCAGAAAGUUAUUAACAUACCUUGGGAUUCUUUUAUUUUUUCAAGUUCUCAAUAAAAAAGUUUCAUUUGCAGUUUGCAUACUUGCAGACGCUUCGCACAUGUUUCGAAAAGAUGAGCCAGCAAAUUUGUACAAAUUAUACAAUUGGGAAACUUCAUGUUAAAACGAUUGACAAUGUCCAAAAAUCUCAAUAAAGUACAAUAAAAUUUGCAGCAUCGCAAUAAAUUUCUAGAAUGCAAAAAACUGAAAUAAUACAAGUGUAGAAAUAUAUACAAAAAUUAAAUAACACCCAAUAACUAGCGAUCUGGAUGUUAUUCAUAUUUCAGAUGUUCCUGAAUUUGUUCGCGUAAAAAACGGCAAUAUGAUUGGUUAGCGAAGUUGGAUCAGUUCCUUUUUUUACUUGUCGCUUCGCUUUGCGCUUCGCUGUGUUUUAACAGCUUGUACAGGCAAAACAAACAAAUUAAAAAAUGCAGAAAAAAAUAAAGAACAUGCAAUAAAAAUUUGGCUGUGUUAAGCUCAUUUUCCACUAGGCGAAUUUGUUUGUGCGAACACCUUACGUUUUUCGAGGACCGUAGUAAUCAUGUGACCGCGAGGUAAGGUUUCACUCAUUAAGGGACGUACCAUCGAUUACGAAAAUAUAAUAAAGGUUAGCUUUUUCAUCAAGACGCUCAUGAUAAAAACUGAUCAAAUAAUUUUAAUAUUUUACAGGUGAAACUUUUAAAACCAGCAAAAGAUCAAAAUAAGCCCAAACGACCCAUGACGUCAUUCCUGUUCUUCCUGGAAGAAUUCCGUGAAGUUAAGAAAGCUGAAGGACUGACAGGACCAGGUGUUUCAAAACAAGCUGGAGAGGAAUGGCGCAGUAUAUCUGACGAUAAGAAAAAGAAAUAUCUCGACAUGCAAGAAAAAGCCAAAGCCAAGUUUGACGAAGAAAUGAAAGAAUACCUAGCCAAAGUAAGUAUCGUUAACCAACACAAAUAUUCCCGCCACCAGGAGAGUUUUAAAAUAUUCGCCCUAAUUAGAACUUUAGGUACACAAAAUAAGUUUUGCGGGACGUGGUAUAAAAAGUCACGGAAAGAGAAAAAUCGAUCGAAAACGUACAGGAUUGUAAGAGAAUUUGUGCAGAGGAUUCGGGAUUUUAAAAAACCCUCUUAUUUUACUCGUUACUAUGGACCCUAUGUGCCAAAUUCAAAUGAUAAACCCUUACUAAGGGAGUGAGCAGGAAUAUGUAAACUGUGGCAAAAGGCAUUGAUUUUGUCUUGAAUUGCAAGUGAUCAUGAAGUUGAACAAGGAUCAGGUAUCAUAUAAUACAUUAAUUAACGUUAACUAUUCAGUUCGAGCCUGGCAUUUUCUGAUGCAAGAAUUAUGAUAUUAAAACUUUGUCGUUUGAAAUUUAUGGAGAUACAUUAAAUUUACUACUGGCCCGGAAAUUUUUAUGCUUAAAAUGGAAACCUGCUUUCUUUAUGAUAUAAAUUCUCUAUUGUUUGCUUGCACAUGACGUCACUACGUGUCAUUAGGCGCCAUCUUGGUUGAUUUUAAAGUUUUGUCCAGCCGUUUACAUCGAAAUAGUGGAGUUACUUUGAUAUUUUUGGUUUGUUUUGAAAACAUCUUACUGUAUUAUGGAUAGUUUACGAUUUCUGGAUUUCAAAGAAUGAAGAAGAAUAUAUAGGUUUCAGACCUGCCAACUCUCACGGAUUUCCGGUGUGACUCACGAAUUCAGGCAUUAUCUCACGAACUCACGGAAAUAUUUUCAAAUCUCACGGAUUCACGAUUUUGAAAUUUUAACCACCACUAGACUUUAAAAUUGGAGUGAUUGAAAUGAAAUAAAACUAGCCAUUGAGGGUGAUUCUAAUUAAUUUGUAAAACAUCCCCAACACUAAUAGUGUUUAUUUACUCAUUUCUAAGUGUUCCGCCAUUUUGAAUAACCUAAGCGGUAUGCUCCAUUAGUCACCCCUGCGCGCGCUUUCAAAUUCGCACGUGCUCACAGAGACGACUGGGGACGAGUCAGGGUGCAGAGCGGGUAAAUUUACUUCAAAUUGGCCGAUGGGCUAUUCCUGUUUUAUAUUCACAUCAUUCCACAUUCCCCCCCCCCCCCCUAGCAAUUUCCAAGGUUGAAAAUGCGGGUCAUGGUUGAAAGUCAUCCCCUUCCUCUGGAAUUCCAAGGUUCCUCAACAGAGGUGUGUGGGAUAAAAAUUGGAAUAGUAUCCCGAAUUAGUAAGAUACACUUGUAUAGACUAAGAACAGGUUGAAUUUGUAAGUAAACUGUUGAGUUAAAGUUCUAUUUUGGAGGACAGUACUGAUUAAAAUUGCUAUGUCACAGAACAUAGAUCAGUCAUCUACAUGCAAUGAUUACAGUAAUUGUCUUAUCCAGAAAUACCCCAGAUUUUCAGUAUUUUAUCUCCAGAAUUAAGAGAUCAAUCUCAAGAAAUUUUCUAUCAGAUCUCCAGAUUCGUUGCUGUUGGAGGUUGGCAGGUCUGAGAUUUUUAGUUGCCACGAAAAUCAACCAAGAUGGCGUCGAUUGCAAACGAGCAAUACUACUUCAUUUAGUCGCGACAUAUGUCGUAUUUACAACUGCACGUACAGUAUAAUUCUUGUAUAGAAUUAGACGUCUGAUGUUGCAAUUACUGGCAUGUUUAAAAUUACAUGUAAACAUCUACGAUUUAAGCAACAUAUAGCCUAAAGCUAUUUUUCUAUUCUAAAUUUAGUAUCCUGCACCACCUCCUCAGAAAAAAGUGAAGAAGACGAAAGCAAAAGUUCAAGAAGUAAGUGAAAGUGAAGAAGAUGAGGAGGAAGAAGAGGAAGAAGAUGACGAUGAUGAAGAGGAGGACGAUGAUGAUGAAGAAAGCGAUUAAACUUCCCCUUGCUUGCCGCCAUGUUGUUAUUAUACUUCAAGUAAUCUCAUACUUUUUAGCUUGUAUUUUACAUUUUUAACAAAGAAACGACGUUUCGGACUGUACCUUCGUUUGCAACUGCAGACCGGUUCUAUUUUGUCGUGACCAAAGACCAUGUUACACGAGGCAAUUUUUUCCGCAACUUGCAACACAAUUUCUAAUAUAAAACCAUGUUAUCUAACUAAGAAGACAUCGCAGUGAGCAUGGCCUAAAUCGUUCUCUACCGGCAAUUUUCAUCCCGUUUUUUGUCAUUUUUCAUCCCUUAAGUCUUUAACUCAGUUUAAGAGAAUGUUAUGCAACGAAAGUGUUGUCAGACUUGUAAUAAACCAUGGGUCAUGCUCACCAUGACUACAUUUUAGAGAACAUGUCUCUGUAUCCGAAUUGCUUCGCACUUUGCAGCAAAAAUUGCCUCAUAUAACAUGGUCCCAACUCCUAGUCACUGAUAUCAAAUAGUGUGGAUAUACAUCUUGUCUUGUGUAAAUCAACAUGUACUGAUUCUAGAUGUAUAUCGACAUUCUUUUACAUCGGUACUCUGUGUUGGUCGCAUCCUCACAACAUAAUGGACACCAAAACUAAAGGAUGAACAAUCGCAGAUAAAAACGGUUAAACAAAUUAAUGGUUGACAGGAGCAUUUGACAGGACAACAAAUUCCAUCAAAAGAUCACGCUCAACUAGCCUCAAGCCGAUUCGCUGAGCUGAUUGAAACCAUGAAAUACUGAAAUUUGUCGUGAAAAGAAAAUGGCGGGGUUUUUUAUCCGCGACUUUCAUCCUUAGUAGAUGCAAACGGCGGGAGAUAUUCAGCCUUUGUAAAUAUAAUAGACUUGUCUUAUAAUGACGUCAAACGCGGAAAACUACUCGAUGCGAUGUCCCAAGGGACAAUUUUUAACUACAAACGUAGCAUAAACUCGUUUUCCACGUUUGUCGUCAUUAUAAGAAAGGUCUAUUGUUUGACUUCCACUAUUUUGGGUAGCAAAUCUUUAAAUGCCUUAAAUCAUAGUACAAACGUGCACCAUGGACCGCGGAGCUGGGGGGAGGGGGCAUGCCUCAAACACUCUCCGCGGUCAAUGCACCGCACUAAUUUGUCGUAACAUUUUCCCAAGUUUACUUCGAUAGAACUCCAAAUGAUCGCUUUCGUUUAACUGGCAUACAGUCGUGGCAAUGGAAGUGUUCCUAAAAUAUUCUACCAAUUCAUUUGCUCCCACAAACCAAUUCAUUUGAGAUAUUUGACCAAUUACCACCCGCACUUCCUGUAUUUGAUCAUUUCUAGUCACUUUCUUCCUCUAUAUGAUUGUUCAAUUGCACCAAAAUUAAAGGUGAUUGCGGCAUUCAUGCAGGAAUUUACAAAAAUCAAGUUUUCAACGCGCCUCAUCAAAUGUAUUCGUUCUUGUGAGCCAAUGAAUUUGAGAAUAUUUUAGGAACAUUUCCAUUGCCACGACUGUAAUAUGAAUUGAGAAAGGACAUUUCUGGAAAAUUGAGAAAGGGCAUUUACUAGAAAUUUCAAACAGUGGUUUUCUCUGCUGUCUGUAAUGCCCACCGGCACCGUACAAUUAUUUUUGUCACCCAACAUGGCGGAUUUCUUAUCGUGACGCAUUCCUGCGUCCGUGCAAGACCUGAAUAGAUGAAACUAUUAGACAAACUAUUGCACGACACGAUUCAGAAUCUCACCGACAUUUUAUAAAAUUUCAUAUGAUCAACUUUAUUAAGAAUUAAGUAAUGUUGGUACAAUUCGUAGGAUCGUGAAUUGUGUCUUGCAAGGGCAACAUUUUGUGCAGUAUUGUAACUUUUACAAUGAACUAUCAUUGUAAAAGUUACAAUACUACACAAAAUGUUGCCAUAAAAUAUUCAGUGGUGUGGAUAUGAACUCCAUUUGCUUCGUUACAUAGCCAAGUGGUGGAUUUUAAUAUCGUAAAUUUUCCUGUCUUAAAUUCCUCUUAAUUAGCCUUGCUUCUGUAGGUAAUAGCAACAUGCAGCAUUUUGUACAGACUGUACAAGACUGUGUUUUUUUACUACGUGCCAUCUAUUAAGCACCAUAUCUUUAAGAACUUAUCACAUGGGAACUUUAAUUGUGACACUUUUAAUAUUGUGUUUUAUUGAUUGUGGACGUACAAUGAUAGCUGUAACAUGGACCUAUACAAUGUGUAUUAUCUUUGCAUCCAAUUGUUGUCUUGUAUCUUAAUUAUUAAUACAUUUUACAAUUCUCGUAAUUUAUAAUAGUUUUGUUUGUGGAAAUACCACGUAAUUUAGUUUAAUUGCCC